UUCUCCUUCCCAUCAUGCAGUGCGCGUGAAUGACGUGUCCGCCAUAGCUGCUCGGGGACACGUUCCGGACAAGACUUCCACGUUUCACCCCAACUUUCAACCGAAACUUUCACCUUUCCGUACGUAACAAGGCGACCAGGAGGCAACGAAAAGUCUCUAGUACUAGUCAAGAUGUAUUUAAGGUCGGCUGUUGUCGUUUUAGCCGUGUGCUUGGCGGUGGAAGUGAGGGGUUUCUACCUGCCGGGUCUGGCACCUGUGAGCUACUGCGAUCCAAGAGACGAGGCAAACAAGGAAAAGCUUGAACAGGGAGAAUGUAGAAGUAAAGUGGAGCUCUUUGUGAACAGACUGGACUCGGUGGAAAGCAUCAUCCCAUACGAAUAUGACAGGUUUGACUUCUGUGUUCCAUCUGAGGAGUGGGCCAAGAGUCCGACCGAGAACCUGGGACAAGUUCUGUUUGGAGACAGGAUCCGCCCUUCCAUGUACAAUAUAACGUUUUUGAAAGACGAGAAAUGCCGUGACCUCUGCGGAGCUAAGACUUACGAGGUCAACAAUGCAGACCAGACUAAGAACUUGAACUUCUUGAAGAGGGGCGUCCUUCAGAACUACCAACACCACUGGAUCAUUGACAACAUGCCUGUGACAUGGUGUUAUGAUGUGGAGGGGGACAGGAAGUACUGUAACCCUGGCUUCCCUGUAGGCUGCUAUGUUACCAAGAAGGGGACACCAAAGGAUGCCUGCGUCAUCAAUCCCCUGUACAAUGAGAAGGACACCUACUACCUGUUCAACCAUGUGGACAUCUUCAUCAGCUAUAACGAUGGGGAGGGAGAGAACUGGCCUGGGGCCAGGCUGCUGUCUGCCAAGCUGGAGCCAAAAAGUAUUAAUCACCCCAGACCUGGUGAGUGCCCUGAGGACCGGCCCCUCGGACUGCCCGGCAAGUUCGACAAAACCACCAAGUUCAACUACACUUACUCAGUGGAGUUUGUGAAACAAAAUGGGCACAAGUGGGCAUCUCGCUGGGACUAUAUUCUGGACUCCAUGCCUCAUACCAACAUCCAGUGGUUCAGUAUCAUGAACUCUCUGGUGAUUGUGCUGUUCCUGUCCGGUAUGGUGGCCAUGAUUCUUCUCAGGACUCUGCACAAGGACAUCGCUCGCUACAACCAGAUGGAGUCUGCCUUGGAGGCUGAAGAGGCACAGGAAGAGUUUGGUUGGAAGCUGGUACACGGAGACGUGUUCAGGCCUCCCCGCAAGGGCAUGUUGUUGUCAGUGUUCCUCGGAACAGGCUGUCAGAUCAUCAGCAUGACCGUCGCAACACUCAUAUUUGCGUGCCUGGGUUUCCUGUCUCCGGCUAACCGUGGUGCCCUGAUGACCUGUGUCAUCAUCCUGUACGUGUGCCUUGGGACCCCUGCUGGCUACGUCUCAGCCAGGAUGUACAAAACGUUUGGAGGUGAGCGCUGGAAGACGAAUGUCCUGAUGACGUCGUUCCUGAUCCAGGGGGUGGUGUUUGGUGUGUUCUUCAUGAUGAACCUGGUCCUGUGGGUGGAGGGCAGCUCCGCAGCCAUCCCCUUCAGCACACUGGUGGCCCUGCUGGCUCUCUGGUUCUGUGUGUCCGUGCCUCUCACCUUCAUCGGAGCCUACUUCGGCUUCAAGAAGAGGCCCAUUGAACAUCCGGUGAGGACCAAUCAGAUUCCUCGUCAGAUCCCCGAGCAGUCCUUCUACACGAAGCCCCUGCCUGGCAUCGUCAUGGGCGGAGUCCUGCCCUUCGGCUGUAUCUUCAUCCAGCUCUUCUUCAUUCUCAAUAGUAUAUGGUCUCACCAGAUCUACUACAUGUUUGGUUUCCUGUUCCUGGUGGUGCUGAUCCUGGUCAUCACCUGCAGCGAGGCCACCAUCCUGCUCUGCUACUUCCAUCUCUGUGCUGAGGAUUACCACUGGUGGUGGCGCUCGUUCCUGACCAGUGGUUUCACAGCCUUCUACUUCUUCAUCUACUCGGUGCACUACUUUGUGUCCAAGCUGGCCAUCGAGGGCAUGGCCUCCACCUUCCUGUACUUCGGCUACACCUUCAUCAUGGUGCUGCUCUUCUUCCUCUUCACUGGCACCAUCGGCUUUUUCUCCUGUUUCUGGUUUGUCUCUAAGAUCUACAGUGUGGUCAAAGUGGAUUAAUCAACAACAGCACCAAUCACAACUGGGAUAACACUUCAAAAUAGACUGUCAGACAGAAGGAGGGUUUCCAUUGGCUCUUGCUUAGCUCUGUGCAAACAGGUGAAUAUCGAUUCUACUCCAUCAACCAAUCACGGCACCUGUAUCAUGUUAAGUGUAGGAUGGUGAGAUUAAAAGUGGUGUGUGAUUGGUUGAUGGUGGUCUGUAAUAUAUUAUUGUACUUGAUAAGCUCCUUUAAGGUUCAACUUGUGGCUUGUAUAUAGUGAAUGCAAAAAAGAUGCAGCUUUGAGGGGAUAAGGUACACUUGACUACAGUUCACAGCGCUAAUAGUGCUAAUCACAGUAGAAACUUUUCAUUUUAAGUUGGGUCUGUCUUCUGGCUAGUAGCUAAAAACGUCCAGGCUAUCUUCUGGUGUUAAGAAUAAGUGUAAGGUUUGUAACACUUCAUAUAAAUGCAUCACAAUGUAUUAUUAGAAACUUACUUCUUGCCAUGUUUGGUAUCAUUGUGCCCAGGGCGUUUCAGUUUGCUUAUGAAGGUGUAGUUCCAUUUUAGAUAAUCAGUACACGGUAGUCCAGUUGAGUAUGGCAGAGAGGUUCAACAGCCUAUGGACAUCAUUGAUAGACCACAGGUUUACUAGACUACUAAGUGUAAAUAAAUUAUGGAGAAGAUGGGUGAAAUAAAAAGUGUUUGUUGAUCUGGUGGUAUUGUAGCUUUGAUUAUGAAUAAGUACUUGUAACAUAUCAUGCAAGUACACAAAAACAUCUCAUUUGAAAAAAAAUUGCAUCUUGCAAAAAUAUUUGAAACACAUUUAAUAGUCCAGACACAUAACUUCAGAAAAAGCAAAGAAUUUGAAAUAGUAUAUAUGAUUGCAAUCAUGGAUUGUACAACAUUCAAGUUU